GAAACGGUGCCCAUAGCAACCAUUGUAAAUAUCAACGUCCCUCCUCUUGCUAGUCGCGCCUCUUUCUCGGCAGCAAAGAAAGGUGUGUGAAAGUUGAAAUAAAUGUCCGUCAUGGCGCGCGUAGAGGACAAAUACUUAGAGAGGAUAUCGUCCAUUCAACAGAGCAUCCAUCAACGCUCUCAGAUAAAAGGUUCCAAACUGCACGGUUAUCUCAAGAAAAUCUGUGUCAGGGAGGCCCAAGCCAAAAUGAGAAACCUUGAGCUUUUGAGAGAUGUGGAGUGCCUUCAAAUUAAGAUGCAACAAUACAACCCUAGCCUUUUCUCUUUACAACAACAAAAGGUUGAAUUUUCCACUAAAAUAUAUAGGUUUAUGGAAGAAUCGAAGACAACAGGGAACUCAAAGCUGAAAUCUGUACAGGGCGAUUGCAAGGACAGCUCCCUGUCUCAGAUAGCAAAGGAUUUUACAAAUGCAUCUGCGGUCAUCUCAAUGGGCUACCAAACCUCCAGAGGGGCCUACCAUCCAACUGGCAACACAAGUGUACUCUCACACCAAGCAUUGCACUGUUCGCCCAAUCGUAGCAUGUCCUCAUGCGAACGACUACCAAGUGGCCCUUUGAAGGACUUCACAAUUGUUAGAGAGGAAGCCACCGCCAACCCAGCACAUUUAUCGGAUGACAUUUCAGCUCCAGAUCCAGACAAUCCUCCCGAUGGCCAUAAUUUGACUGACAAACAGGGGAAAAGGUUGGCGACGCUCCGGUGUGUUCAAACUGCAACGGUGCCUUUUGGAGAUGAUGAUGAACAAGAACCUGAACCUGCAACUCAGGUGACCUUCAGGAUUCUCAAGAAGAAUCCAUCUCUCGGCAGCAACAAUAACCCAAUGGGGCUGCAGAAUCCCCCUGCUGAACACAUUAACUCCACUCCGAUUGCUCCUGAGACACCUUUAAUGGAAAAUUCCGCAAGAGGUUUUAGCCAUUUAAUACCUGAAACAGCCCCUGCAAGAAAAUCUGAAGAUAUCUCAGGUAGAUCUGAAAGUUCCAACUCUAGCACUGAUGCCCAGGUGUCGGAAAGCAGUGCAAGCGACUUGUCCAUUUCUCUGUCGGAAUCUGAGUCAGAGGAUGAUGAGCCUGAGAGUGAAGCAGUUGCAAGGAAUACUGGACCUGAUGGAAUUUGGCGCAGCCCCGUCUCAACCCUCAAGAACACAUCUCACUCACUCUCCCUGGAAGGACUCUUCAAGCUUAUAAACUCUAUUGAGGAGCGUCUCCAGGGUGAACAAACAAGAGUUUAUGGAAAUUGUUCAAUUGAUGAAAGACACUUCACUCGAAUUAUCAGCCUUUGUGACAGUGAAGCGGGCUUGAAUGAGGAGGACCUUGAAGCAUGCGGCGCCGUGGUGCUUCAUGAGCUCCAGAGGUUGUCACUGAGCACAGAGAGGGGUUGCCUGCUACCACAUGAGCUAGUGAGUGCACACCCAUUCAGCAUUGAAGAUAUGGCAGUCAGCCUCCCUCCUGAUGCCACUCGGCUGUGGGAUCGCUGGUUCAAGCACGCCCUUCUGCUCAAGGAGAGCCAUGUCCUUAGUACUGAGCGCUUGGUCGAACUGUUUACGCCUCUGCUAGUGGAGCGUCAUGCGACAUAUCACCACCAGGCCAAAGUGCUGCUGAGGACAUUUCUUUCCCGGUCCAGUGAGGAGUGCCCCUCAGCAGAUGAGGAGAGUGACUCUCCUGGUUCUUGUGGCCCUCCUUCUCUCCCACCUCAUUGUGGAAGUGUGAAGCCUGCCAGGAGGAUCCAAAAGCAACAGAUCCAAGAACUACAAAGUGCUGAAGAGGAGAGCCACGACGAAAGCCCUGUGGAAAGUGUUCGUAUUAGAGAGACAAAAGCGUAUCGGUUACUUAAGCUAUCAGCCAUGCAAGAACGACUGCCGAGUUCUGAAGAGGAGGAAAAAGAAGAGGGAGAGCAGGAUGACCCCUCAGAAAUAAAUCAUUGCCCUGAAGUGGACCUUGGGAGGGCCAAAUGCUCCUCACAUCAAGACCCUUACCCUUGGAAAGACAAGAUGAACCCAAAGAUUUAUUCUGCCCUGCAGUCAAAAGAGCUCUGGGGGGAGUCGGAUGACAGCAACUCAGAGAUCGAAGCAGCCUUGCGUCCACAACCUUUCAACACAAAAGACGACGACACAGAUGACUUCUACGACUGAUGCCAGAUAAAAGCUCUUAUUCACACAGCUUGGCUAAUACAUGUUAUUUUACACCUUGACCACUAUAUCAGUUGCCUGCAUUGUAAACUUGGCACUGGUGUUGUAAAAACAAAUUAUAAAGUUGACAGCACUCAUGCUGAGUAAAGUAUGUGAAGAGUUGCCCAACACGCUGCAGUUAACCCUGCUUCAGUCUCUUUAUGUGAACAACUCUCCCAGCUCAUAAUAGCAGCUCGAAAUAGAUUAAACUGAUCUUUUAAAGUGAUUUGUUUGCACUGGGCUGAACAUCAUGCAUUUUGAAUGCUGCAAGCAUCUCCGAGUGCUCUGCCUCCGGCAUGCUCAAGUGUAGUGAUGUGAGUCACCUGGUAAAUGACAAAGCACAAUGGCCUCUCGGCAGGCUGGCGCACGACCUGUGAACUGUUUGAAGAGGACCAUCCCUCCGCCUCGUACCCCCCACCCCCUCCAAGGUACAAAGUGUAAGCACAUUCCAAGCUACCCAGUUAGCUUUAAUUGAACAUAUGCUGUAUGAUUAGCAUAUACUGUAAACACCUGCAUUUACUGUUCAUGUCUCAAGUCUGCCAUUUAAAAUACACACAUUAGUCCAGUUAAAGAUGUUUUUUACAAUGGAUAUAAACAAUACAAAAGCCUUUUCA